UUACUUUUGUACCUUGUCAAAAGCUCGAGCGAACUUCGCAUCGGAGUUCAGGAAAGCACAUUCCCGGACCAUUUCUUGUUAACUCAUAAUGAUCCAAGAGUAAGAAGCAUGUCGAAGACGAGGGUGAAAAGGUACUCUAGCUUGGAUGAGUUACUCAUCACUUUAAAAAACAAGAAUGCUGAUCUGAUAAUGAGCGAUUUCAACGCUUUAGCAUUGAGAGCAGCUGAAGACAAAAGUUGCUCGAUAAAAGUUAUCCCACUGAAGGAAAAAGAAGUGGGCAUGGCGGUAUCAUACAACAACAAAUCGACAUGGAGUAGAAGGCUAAACAUGGGAGCAAUGGAUCUAGCCCAUUCUGGAAAAGCUGACUCAAUAGCCAAAAAGUGGUUCACUUCAUCACAAUGCACCCAUGCAAGUAAUUUUUCUGCCCUUGAUGUGACCAGAAUGAAGGCUUUGUUCAUAUGGUUAUCUGCUGGAAUUGCUGGUUGCCUUGGUAUUCUUGUUUUCUCUGUUUGGUUGCGAAAAUGUGAAGCAUUUCACAAGAAAAUGACAGAAGAGGAAGAUGGAUAAGGAAUGUAUGAAUAUUUAGCAAAUUACAAUAUCGAGCUUCCUUUUAACCGUAUGAAAUUGGCAAUAUUGGAAUCUGACUGUAGACUGUCCAUUACAAUUAGAUCAUGUCUUUACUACGAAUAAACUCAUUUUUUAUAAGGAGGACACUCGCUUUAAGAAACAAGAACUCGGAAGUCGGAAAAAUAAAGAAACUUUAGUAUUGAAAGCAAAAAACAAGGCAAGGACUCAAAAGUUUAAACAAAAUCUGGUUGCCACAAAAGUUUAGACACCAAGAAAGAAAACAUAUUUUGAAAUAGGCCAGUCAGAAACGCGAGCACAUGACUGUUGAAAUUGACCAAUCAGUGCCGCUUGCCUAUAGAGAACUCAUCCCCAAAAAGAACAGCCACCUCGGUCUUGCAGAUCUAAAAAUACAACUUAAACCUGCGAUUCUGCUAUCGGGCAGCAUUUACUGAAAAACCCAGAUUGUGCAAAAAACUAUAUUGGCGACAUGUUUCUGAUUAAUGGUAAAGCCCGAUCGUCGUUCCAUCUAGCAGUUUUGAAAGCUAUCUACAUAAGCACGAAAAAACUGCUACUGUGUAGACAAAAGGAAUUCGUUUUUACCUUGGGACUCCAUUGGUAGCAUUCUCAAUAGGCAAGCGGCACUGAUUGUUCAACUUCAACAGUCAUGUGCUCGCAUUUCUGAUUGGCCUAUUUCGAUCCACAACUGGGUAUAUUUUUAUCCUAGCGUACAGUUUUCGAUCUAUCUUCUGACGUUUUAAACUCUGAAGAGUGUGAGACGAAAAGCUUUAGUUUACUCAAAUGUUUGCUUUUUUUAAAGUUUUGUACCACCAAAAUAUUGUUUAAAACAUAUUUCCCUGAUCUAAGCAGGGCAUUAUAACUUAACAGAAAUGUCACCAUCACUUUAAAAAGCUGCAAGUCAUCCCAACAAACAUAAACAAUUAGAUAUAGGGUUCCAAAUGUCAGAAUUGAUUUCAUUCACCUCAAUAAAGAAACUCUUAGGCAACAAUGGAUUCUGGAAAUUCCUGAAGCACUAAGAAACUGGAGUACUCGACAUUGACCUAUAUUUCUUAUAAAAAUUGAGUGUAUUUUACAGUUUUUGUUGUACUUAAAUUAUGAUGUAUUUAGGAAAUUUGCUAUAUUAUGAAGCUAAACAGAUUUAUUCUAAUGGAGGUUACUGAAGAAUAAAUGCAAAAUCUAACGUUUCCGAGUAAUACGCAACGAAUAAGCAAUACCUUUUUUUAAUAAAAGUGUGUUGAAUUCGUAGUUGAAAUUAUGAGAGCCAUAAUGAAUGACGGAAAUGGAUGAAUAAUUUAAAAGAAAUCAUCUUUAUAGAUUAUAAUGUUCAAUGUUUUGCUUCUGGGACAAUGUUACGAAAAUGAAAACCUUGCUCACUAAACUAAGUAAGCAUUGGCUUAGUUUUUUAAUUGUGCAUGUUAAGUAAAAAUGUGAUCUCUCAUCUAAUUUUCUUUUUCUUUCGCACCUGGUUCUCAAGCAUCACUUAGACUGAUGGCAAACAAAACUUUGCAGUGAAAAUUUAGCAGUGAAAUACUUCCGGUUUUUUAAAAAUUAGAGUUUUCAUCGCUUUACAAAUUCGAAUUCUAAAAAGUUUUCAAUUUUCCUAAGAGAACUGUUCUCAUGAUGUCCGUUUAGCAAUCUUGGAAUGACUCAAAACAUUCAUCAUUCAAAUUAUUCAAAAUUCACAACCUUAAACAGCCAGUAUUCCGCUGAAGGAAACCUGUUGCUAACAGGAUAAAACAAAUAGUAAACAAGCAAGAGAAGCAGAGAGAAUGAUGUUUUGAAUAGCAUCAAAAAUGGACUAUUAAAGACAGAUAGUAAUGAAUUCUUAUAAACGUGUCUAGAUAAAAAAGUUUGGAGGGAUAUGUUCGUCCAAGCUCCUGCGCAUGACAUGUAGUGAAGAAGAAACUCUAGAAUCCGGUUAAGGCUUUACAUGUAAGAAUUGACUGACCAGAUUUAAUCAUUUCCUGGGUUGUUUAAAAUCUGUGAUUCAUUCAUACUAGGUUUUCUCUGUAGCAUUUGUUUCCUAUUGCGUUGAAUGUAGAUUUACAUUUCAUUCUUAUGUUUCAAGCGAAGUCUGUAAUGUUUUACUGCACCUUGAUUUGAAGGGUUUACUUGCAUAACCUGAUUGUGAAUGCUUAAUGACUGUCUUGUGAUAAAGGCUUAUAAUCAUUGAUAUGUUUAUGUUGCAUAGUAAUGUUAGACUGCAGCACAGUGUUGAGUAUAAGAUUGGUUACUGACUGUGCUGUUGCCUUCUCUCUCGAUGUUUACUCUGCCUGACUCAUAUAAACUCUUCUUUAUUGUUUCUAUAUUCUAAAAUAAAGCUUUCAUAAUUAAGUAUGCCCUAGGUACCAGAGCCACAUAAAUUCACGCGUGGAAACAGAAAGGAGGAACGGAGAAGCGGCGAAGCGGAGAAGUGGAGAAGCGGAGAAGCGGAGAAACGGAGAAACGUAGAAGCGGAGAAACGGAAAAACGGAGAAGAGAACGCUUCCACUUCCGAGGUCGAAAUUUUGUAGCUCUGCUAUGGUAUUCAGGCCGUUUAAAGAUAUAGAAGUCUUUCAAUCAAAAAUUUGCAGCGAAAUUCAAUAAAACCAAAUUUAUUCUUGAAACACUUUAUAAACAUCACAACCUUUUUAUUUAGAAAAACCAUUUUGCUAUUAUCACCAGCAAGAAUAAGGAUCUUUUUACUAAGUCAAAGUGAAGAGCGUAAACAUGAUGUUUGAAAGGUUGAAAAAAAAUGAAAUUGGAAUGUUUUAAAACGACGUGUUUAUGCAUUUCUGAGUAAAUAAAAAUCGAUCAAUUAUGUUUCUGUUGCAUGGCAUUGAUUUUUUACGCUUAUUUAAAAUAAAUAGUGGGUGGCUUAUUUGAAUUGAUCCGUGGUGUUUGUGGCAAUGAGGGUUUAAAAAGAAGACAGCAAUUAAUUAUCUCAUUCAAGGCCAUUUUUAACGAAGCCAUGUUCUGACAUCUGACUACAACAUGUUUGUGUUCAAUAGAGGAUCCCUGGAGUCCUUCUUCGCUGCAUUUUUUGCUCUUCUCACUACUACUUCAUGCCAAGAUGUAUCAUUUUUUGGGAUAAUUAAAAACCAAUCUGGCCAAGGUAAUUUUCAAAAUGCAUCGGAGAAGCUUAACAUCACAGAAAGCAGUUUUUACUCAAAUUGGAACUCGAAUUAUGGGUUAUCAUUUGUAAUAUCGCAAAUGGGAGAGCUUAGAACGAAAAUCAAUCGGAGUGAUUCCAGCAAGAAUAUUGUGUUUAGCGAUACUCAGGGCAUGCAAAGCGAGAUGGUCAAAGAGCUGUUGCUGAUUCAAGAAGAUAUGACGUCGCCAAGUUACAACAAGACUGUUAUUUAUGACGAUUGCUUAGGAGGCAAUCAUCAGCUUUUUUCACAGAGAGAGAAUCACCAUCAAAUGGCUAAGGACAUGCUCUCCUUCUUGAAUACGUUGGUUCUUCCUUUCGAAGACAUCACAAUCGUCACAGAUUGGACAGAAACCGGCCAAGCCAUCCUAACACAAUUGAUACAAAGUGCCUACCAUGUUGGAAGAGACACGAUCACUAUUCAAUCAGUCGAAAAGCUGAUUGCAGAUCAAAGCAGCGUAUCGUCAACUUUUUUGGAUUGCAAGCUAUUUCUUGUCGACUGUGAUGGAGCGUUGGCUGCAAAAAUGUUUGAUAUUGCUAAAUCGAUGGGCCUAACCGGAUUCAAAGAUUCAGUCAGGUGGAUACUAUCGGGACGCACGAUGGAAUCUCUGCCUCAAAGCUGUUCUAUUCCUAGAGGUGAAUACUAUGGACGAGUGCCAUCCCAAAUCGCCCUUAACGGAUCUUAUAUCUUAAGGAAGGUUAAGCAGUGCAAAAAGAAAGAUUGGCAGAUGAAGUAUUGUACGGAAAGGGACUCAGUAGGGAAGGCAUUCAAACUUUGGCCAAAUGAAAAUGCAACUUUCGGAAACAACUGGGUAGAAGUAAAGAAGGGAAGUGAAACUUUGGUGGACCACAUAGUCGAAAAAGAAGGUAGAAAUCCAAACUCACCGAGACUCAGAGUAUCAGUCGUCGAAUUUGAGCCGUUUGUCAUGGUUAACGGAUACGAUGAGGCAUCAGUAGAUAACAUUCCUUGCCAAAUCGCUGGAAAACUAGGCAUAAAGAGAACACUAAAUGCAUCUGAUGAAUUAGUGUGUUUGAAUGGUUUUACCAUUGAUAUUUUAAUAGAGCUGGAAACCAGUUUAGGUUUUGUUGGUAUCCCAAUUACUACCAAGGAUGGCAAAUACGGCAAGUAUGAUCCAAGUACCGGGGAAACAGACGGUUAUGUUGGAGAAAUAGUUCGUAAUGAAUCUGAUAUAUCAAUCGAUCUUUACGUUGAUAAAACACGCAGCCAAGUAAUGGGUUUCACUGCGCCGUAUUACAUUGGUUCCUUGGGUCUUGCAUACAUGCAGAAGAAUCAAUAUGAGGAAGCGGCUGUAUUAAAACCAUUCAGCCUGUAUCUAUGGCUGUGUAUAAUCGCAACCAUAAUUGUGCUUAUCGUUGUCUUGUGGUCCUUGGAAAGGGUCAGUCCAUAUAGCCAGCAUCAAAUUAACAAGCGGUCCUUAGACGACACAAAAGAAUUCACCUUCGUCGAUAGUGUUAUUUACGUAUGGGGAACAUUUUUCACUGGAGAAAUCAUUAGCAACAAACCAAUGGCUGUUGGUUCUCGUUCUAUCGCCAUAGUUGUAUCAUUUGUGUCGAUUUUGGUGAUGUCUGCAUAUUCAGCAAACUUGAUUUCGUUUCUUGUGGUAUUAGAUGAAACACCAUUGGUGACUGGCCUGCUAGAUGAAAAGCUUAUCAAAAGCUCGAGCAAAUUACGGAUUGGAGUACAAGAAAGUGCCUAUCCGGAAUAUUACUUGUUGAACCACGUUGACCCUAGAAUGAGAAGUAUGGUAAAAACUAGAGCAAAAAAGUACGCAAGAUCCAAAGAUUUAAUGCAAGCAUUGAAAAAUAAGGAUAUUGAUAUUGUUUUUGGUGACUACCUCGGUUUGGUCUACGAAGCAGCUCGAGAUAAGAAUUGCGCAUUGAAGGAAAUGCAACUGAAAAACAUGGAAUUGGGUUUGGCGGUAUCAUACAACAACAAAUCGACAUGGCGUAGAAGGCUAGACGUUGGAGCGAUGGAUUUGUCUCAUUCUGGGAAAGCUGAUUUGAUAGCAAAGAAAUGGUUCUCUUCACCAAAAUGCAACCAUGCAAGCAAUUUCUCUGCUCUUGAUGUGAGCAGAAUGAAGACGUUGUUUAUGUGGCUAGCUGUUGGUAUAUUUGGUUGCCUAGGAAUACUUUUCUUCUCUGUUUGGGUGCGAAAAUGCGAGAAGUUGUAUUAUCUGAAAGCAGAACAAGAAGGCAGUUGAAUUUCUUAAGAAAAACUUGAUACUUUAAUGAAAUCUGAUCGUUAACAAAGACUACACGACCUUCUCUUGAGAAGCUUGGCAGGCCAUGAAGUUUAUAAUAUACGGCAGACCUUUGAAAUUAUGACCUCCCAGAAGUCAGACUUUAGUUGGUUUAGAGCCGUCUCUAUCGCUGAAAGACUUUUAAAUUUUUUUGUUUGUCACCUAAACAUAAUUUUGAAGACUGUCCUUAGAGAAACAACGAGAACAGGAAGUGGCAGGGGACUGCCGUAUUUAUUCGACUAUAAGCCGCUAUUUUUUAUAAGUUGCAGCGAAUUGGGUUCUUAAAAAAAUGUAAGCCGCAUCAACAAAACCACGCAGGAUACUUGGUUCAAGAUGACCGACCAAAAACUGAUAAAACCUGAUUAUGUACUUAAGCAAAAGAAUAGACAUUAAAUCUUCAACCAACAACAAUAUUGUCCAGAUAACAAAUCAUCAAUAUCGUCCAGUAGUAUUUCUUUCUUAUCUUCCAUAUAUAAACCUCAGCUUCAUAGUACCAGGAAACUUUGCAGGAUCUGGAUAAGGUAAUCUAAGCCUCCAUCUUUUAUAAGACGCCCUUGGUUCUAAACCACAGCAAAUAUUGCCAAAAAUAAUUAUAAGCCGAGGCUUAUAUUCAACUAAAUGCUGUAGUGAUGGAAUUCUAUUGAGUACAAAGACGGUUUUCCCAGUCGCUGAACAUGCAACUGCUACCUUUCCUCGACUCUGCGUCUGUCAAAUUUUGGUAGAUUCUACACUCAAAAGCAUCCUUCUUUGUCAAAUAAUCGAUUCUCUGUCGAUAAGACAAAAUGGUAUCGAUGUAAUUUGCAGAAUAAAAGUCAUUUUUAAAGCAGAAUGAAAGACUUUUAAAUAUAACUUCAUUGAUUGCUAUUAACUGAAUAUGCAACACGCUUUACGUAAAAUUCUUUAAUAAUUAGCAUUUAAGUACAACCACAUUGCCUGAACAAAAAAUGUGCUCAAUUUUUCAAAACGCAUUCAUUAAUUUACUAGCAAAUAUCAUUAUGCAAUAAAAAGUUUCAUGUGACGAUGUUUGCUUGAAACCAUCUUGCAACAGGUUAGUAUUUAUCGCUGCUUUAAAAGGGAUGCUCAAAGAUAUCCUACGGUGCUAAAGAGAGGGUUUCAAAAAAAAUCCAAAAUUUUUGGUUUCCUGUAUUUGCAACACAAGCAACUUAAAUAAAUAUCAGGUAGCAUUUUCUUUUCGUGUCCUUUUGUCUCAAACAACUUAUUUUAAGUAUUUGUUUCAGAGUUUUUAUGCAUUUCGUUUCUGGUAUUUGUGAUAAGCUCUUAAGAACAUCAACAAUUUAUAUAAAGGAUUUUAAAGCGGGUGAAUGAUUUGUUUAGAUUUAAAUCAGCGGCACCUUCAGUAUGUUUCAAUUGUUUGUUUAUGUUGCUGGUGGUAAGGACAGUAUGUUGCUGGUGGUAAGGACAGUCGGCCAUCCAUUCUCAAUAGCCAGAUUUAAUGAAAACAACAGAGGGAUCUUUGGUAUUUUGAUAAUACAAACAUGGAAGCCCGAUGAUUGAAAGAAAUCGUUCAUUCACAUCAAAUUGGAUUAACCACAGGAGUAAAAGACGUUUGGGUUUGGCUUGUAUAUGUAAAUCAAUAUAUCCUUUCAAGUUGUCACCGUUCAGUCUAGUUCGGAUACAGGAAGCAUGAUAGUGAUCCCAGUUCGAAUACGGCGUCAAAUGCAAAGAAUGGAUGAAACAUACACUGUGCAAUAUUUGUUUAUGUCAUGUAUAAAUCUCUUAUCUUUGGUAAAAGAUUCAGACGUGAAAGAAAGAAAUUAAUUCAAGCAUGAUAUGGGAAGCAGGAAAGAAAGAC